AUGGCUGAUUACCGUGAUGAUAUUAACCGAAAUUACUUCAUGAAAUGGAUGGAAGAAACAUUGAUACCCAAUUUAACUGAACCUAGUGUUAUUGUAAUGGAUAAUGCGAGUUAUCAUGUAACUCAAAUUAACAAGCCGCCUACGAUGAGCAGUUUAAAGGCUGAUAUUCAGAAGUGGCUGACCGAAUAUGACAUACCCUUAUGCUUAAAUUUAAUAUGGCAUUUAAAAAUUAAACUUAGGAAUAGUGAAGAAACACUCAGUCUCAAUGGGAAACGCUCAUAUGAAUGUUCUGGUGUUCAUUUGGAAAAAGUGUUAGACGUCCUGGUUCUUAACACUUUGAAGCAAAACAUUACUUAUAAGAACACCUUUUCGGUUGUACUGAAAACUGAAGACCUUACACUAUCGAACCUGUCACUUUGCCUGGGUGCACCUUAA